CUGUUCUGUGGUUGUUUGUUUAUUAAUUUCUCAUCAGAGAUCAUUUUAAAGAUAUUUAUAUAUAUAAAUAUAUAUAUAUUUAUGAAUCGUUUUAGGAGGAAAAAUGGAUAGGGAUGAACGUAGUAUUGAUGUCAAAGAAGAGGUGCAUAUUAUCCACGAUGAGUUGAAAUUUGAAGAGAAAUUAGAAGUUUUCGAACAAUUUAUAGAUGGAAAUGGAGUUUAUGGAAGAGAAGAAUAUAUAAUUAAGAAUGGAGAAAUUAACUCAAAUUCCUUAGUUAUAGAAGACGAUACAAAUAAAGAAAAAUAUGUUAAUAAACACAUACAGUAUGAUCAUACCUCCAGUUCUAUAGAUGACGAGAAACGGCGGACUAAAUUAGGAGUGGUAGAUAUUUUUGAACAAUUUAUAGAUGAAGAAAGAGUUCAUGAUAGAGAAGAAUACAUAAUUAAGAAUGAAGGCAGUUACUCAAAUUCCUUAGUAAAAGAAGGCGAUGCAAAUCAUUCAUCUGCCUCUGUAACUGAAGAAAUUCCCGGAGUAUUAGAUCUAGCAAGCGAUGAAUCUCUUCCUUUGAAUAUUAAGAAUCACAAGUGCGCCUCUUUUAAAGGAGAAAAGCCUCAAGUAUUAGAUUCUCUGAUGAAUAACUCUGAAACAGUUCACUUGGAGCAGGAUGAAUGUAAUAACAGUUGUCCUUCGAGUGAAAAACAUGAUCUUGGAUCUCGCAUACAGUGUGGUUCAAGUUCGAAAGAUCGCAAUAAAAAAAAGGAAAAAUCCAUCCAUUCAAAUAUCAAAAAUCACAAGUGUGACUUAUGUGACUAUGUUGCAAAGAGAAAAUGGAACCUUAAAAAUCAUACAAACUCAGUUCAUUUAAAUAUCAAAAAACACGAAUGUCACUUAUGUGACUAUGUUACAAGUGAAAAAUGGGUCCUUCGAAAGCAUGUCAAUUGUGUUCAUCUGAAUAUUAGAAGACACAAGUGUCAUUUAUGUGAAUUUGCUUCAUAUGAAAAACUAAAACUCGAUGUACACAUAAAAUGUGUUCACCUGAAAAUCAAAGAAAACAAGUGUCAUCUAUGUGACUAUGAUACAAGCAGCAAAGGUAGACUUCGAAACCAUAUUGAAUCUGUUCAUUUGAGAAUUCAGAAAAUUAAGGAUCACAAGUGUAACUUAUGUGAAUUUGCUGCAAGCUCGAAAUCCAUUCUUGAUAAUCAUGUAAAAUCUGUUCAUUUAAAAAUCAAGGAUAACAGAUGCCAUCUAUGCGAGUAUGUUGCAUGUAGAAAAGAUAGUCUUCAAAAUCAUAUCGAUUUUGUUCACUUAAAUAUCAAGAAAUACAAGUGUGACCUAUGUGAAUAUGCUGCUAGUGUCAAGAAAUACCUUGUAGCGCAUGUUAAGUCAACACAUUUAAAAAUUAAGGAGCAUAAGUGCCAUUUAUGCGACUACGAUACAGAAAGAAAAGGAAGUCUACAAAGACACAUUGAUUCUGUUCAUUUGAAACUCAAGCAACAUCAGUGUCAUCUAUGCGACUAUGUUGCAUCCUUAAAACAUAGCCUCCGAUUUCAUAUCAAUUCUGUUCAUUUGAAAAUUAAGGAGCACAAGUGCCAUUUAUGCAACUACGAUACAGAAAGAAAAGGAAAUCUUCAAAGGCACAUCGAUUCUGUUCAUUUGAAAAUCAAGCAACAACAAUGUCAUCUAUGCGACUUUGUUUCAUCCGUUAAAGAUGGCCUCCGAUAUCAUAUCAAUUCUGUUCAUUUGAAAAUUAAGGAACACAAGUGUGAUACAUGUGAGUAUGUUACAAACAGUAAAAGUACUCUUCAAAAGCAUAUUGAAUGCGUUCAUUUAAAGAAACACAAGUGUCACUUAUGCGAAUAUACUGCAAAUAUGAAAACCAAUCUCAAUAAACACAUAAAAACCGUUCAUUCGAAAAAAUAAGAUAAUACAAGUGUCCACUAAGUGUUUUCAUUACACAUAGAAGAAGUUACCUCAAGAUGCAUGACUAGCGUCUAUUUCCUGUGCUUUACAAAUGAAAAAUGAACCUUCAUUUGUCAUUUAUCCCUGCUGGGCUGCCAUCUGUAGUGGGAAGUCGGAGUUAUGAUGUGCGCGGUCAUAUGUUCCUGAAUGUCAAAAUUCAAAUUUAAUUAAAUCAACGCAAAGCGGAUUUUCGUAUAUAAAGUUCCUGUUUUGAAACCCCCCAAUCAGCAGAAAUGAAUAAUCUGUGUUAUGAAUGCGGCAAGGUGUUUUCCAAUUCCAAUGUUGUAUUAUUAGAAUAUGAAAUACAGAGAAAACAUACAAUACUUCAGUGUGACUUUUAUAUAUUUUUUAUCAAUUGUUUUUUAACACAUAGGUGAUAAUUUAAAUUCUAAUUAUUUACAUAGAACUAAAAACUAUAUCUAUGUUUCGACCACAAAACUGUCACAAUUAUAUUAUGCCUCUACAUUACUCCCCUCCCAGGAGCUGCAAUAAAUUUGAAAGAAUGAAUUGCAAGUGACAAGAUACUAAUGUUAAUGUCGAAUAUACAAAAAUGCUAAUUACAAUAAAUGAACAAAUGACACUUUUUACAACAACAUUUGCUUAUAUACUUUUUGUAGACACCAUAUCACUAUAACGAGCCGGAAAAUGUACAUGUCGUCCACUUCGCGUAGUCUUAAAUGAUAUUGACGGAAAUCUAGCAAAAUCUUUAGAAAUAUCAGGAUGUAAAUGACUGUCUGAUUCAGUAGUGACGUUCGUAUCAUCUGUCAUUAAAUAUGCUGGCUUAAGUCUGUCGAUUGAAAUAGUAUCUUGUUUAUCUUUCAUUUGAAUUUUGAAAUAUUUGUCCGUACGUUCGAUCACCAAAAAUGGACCUUCAUAAACAGGCUCGAGAGGCUUUUUAACCCUAUCUAUUUUAACAAAAACAUGGGAGCAUACGGACAAAUCUUUAUGAACAAAAAUACGUGCCUUAGUCUUUUGUUGAAUGCUACACGGUCUUAAUGUACGCAUUUUCUUUUGUAAAUCUGUCACAAACGUU